AUGGCGUGAGGAACGAGCAAACUUUCUGUUUUCAGUCUCUAGUUUGAUCUUCCGCUGCUAACGUCGACAAUGCCGACCGGGUGCGGUGUUCCGCUGUGUCCCAACCGGUCUCCAGGAAGCCGCCAGCUCCGGGAGCGGGGAAGAGUCAUCGGCUAUCACAUUUUGCCGCGUGAUGAACUUCGCCGAGCUGAGUGGUGUCGGAGAAUCAGCAGGAAGGACCCCGGACAGGUUGAGCUCCGCGUGUGUUCCGAUCACUUCGACGGGGAUCAUGACUACCGUCACGUAGGAAGUGUGCUUCGCGACGCCGUGCAGACCAUGAAGGAUGUCCGUCUGAAGCCCGAGGCGGUUCCAUCGCUUCGUUUGCCCCUCACCGGGAAGCCUCCCUUUUCCCCAGCCGAAGAUCCAGCGUCCAAACGUCAACGAACUCUGGACAAUGAUCCGGUCGAGGAGAUGGACUGCUUCGUUGACCAGACUCCUCGUGAGCAGAUGCCUCGUGAGGGCAGGUGCCGCUGCCGUCACCGAGCAUCGACAAGCGACGCAGCGCUUCAGGUGGACCCACCGACUGCACGCGACGCAGCGGUUCAGGUGGCCCUACCGACUACACGCGACGCAGCAGUUCAGGUGGAGCCUGGGCCAAUUCCGAGGCCGCCUCUCACAAAAGACAGAUCGACUAGAACAGACCCUAGGCUGGGAAAAAAGUUGUUUGGCACGCAGGUAAAUUUUUACGCAAAAUGUGUGACCAGCCACUGGGUCCAGACGGAAGGCUCGGAGCUGCCUCCUAGCAGCAGCAGUACUGCCAGCAGCAGCGGCCACAGCACCAGCAACCAUGCCACCCUCACCACCACCACUCCAGUGCCACCGCUUAACCCGGCCCUGGCACCCGCCAUGAGCCCCCACGCAAGUGAUUCAGAGGAGGAGGAGGAGGAGGAGGAG